CACCCAUAUCAUCUGAAGAACACACCACAACCAUGUACAACAGAACAGGUAAGUCAGGACAUUCAGACUACAGGUAAUCAUCCUCCAACUCCUACAUUGAAUAAUCUAAUUAUAGCAACUUCAAGAGUGAGUCUGCAACCACAAAGCCCUAUAGCAAUAGCAAACCAGGCACUACUGGCAUUAGCAUCCAUGAAGCUGCUUGUGCUAAAAUCAACAUCAAGAAAAUACUCAUCUAUCAAUUAA